AAAAAAAAAAAAAAACAAGCUGAACGAAAUCAGGCUUUCGCAUCGCUCCAGCCUUGCCUGAUUACUCCCCGACGCAUGUCCGUCUUGAGUCUAGAUUCGCAGAAGCGCCUCUGCCAGCGUGCGUAAUGUAUCGUAAAGAGGAAGCACAGUAAGUACGGACACGUCCAUCUGCAGGAAAGAGGAAGCGAAGAUGGUGAUGACAGCUUCACCAAAAUCAGCCUCCAAAUGCUCGAUAGCAAUGGCGAAGCCUUCCCUCCCCCUGAAGCUGCUACUCUGGGUCUUUAUUGUCAUCUCUCUGUCGAAAAGCUCCCUCCAGAAUGAUGACGAUGAUGAGGUGUCGAACAAGACGUGGGUGCUGACUCCCAAAGUGUAUGAGAGUGAUGUCACACACAUCCUGAAUGGCCUACUAAAAGGAUACGAUAACAAACUCAGACCUGACAUUGGAGUCAAGCCAACAGUAAUCCACACAGACAUGUUUGUCAACAGCAUUGGCCCRGUGAAUGCUAUCAAUAUGGAAUAUACCAUCGACAUAUUUUUCGCUCAGACCUGGUACGACAGAAGAUUAAAAUUCAACAGCACAAUGAAGGUCCUUCGUCUCAACAGCAACAUGGUUGGGAAGAUCUGGAUCCCAGACACUUUUUUCCGCAACUCAAAGAAAGCCGAUGCCCACUGGAUUACCACACCCAAUCGCAUGCUCAGGAUCUGGAAUGAUGGGAGAAUACUGUACACCCUCAGGUUAACCAUUGACGCCGAGUGCCAGCUAAAACUGAACAACUUCCCAAUGGAUGAGCACUCAUGUCCUCUGGAGUUUUCAAGCUGGGAUUAUGUGGUGCUGACCGUUUUUUUUGACCUGAGCAGGAGAAUGGGCUACUUCACCAUCCAGACCUAUAUUCCCUGCACAUUGAUUGUGGUUCUCUCUUGGGUAUCCUUCUGGAUYAACAAGGACGCAGUACCCGCAAGGACUUCAUUAGGCAUCACUACUGUGCUGACCAUGACUACACUAAGUACCAUUGCCAGAAAAUCUCUUCCAAAAGUGUCAUAUGUGACCGCCAUGGACCUGUUUGUGUCUGUCUGCUUCAUUUUCGUCUUUGCUGCGCUUAUAGAGUAUGGCACACUACACUACUUUGUCAGCAACAGGAAGCCGAGUGCCAAAAAAGACAAGAAGAAGAAAAACCCGCUCCUCCGGCUCUUUUCCUCCAAGCAGACACCAACUGUGGAUAUCCGUCCACGCUCAGCCACAGCCAUUCAAAUGAACAACGCCACACACAUGCAAGAGCGAGACGAGGAGUAUGGCUAUGAAUGUCUCGAUGGGAAGGACUGCACCAGUUUCUUCUGCUGUUUCGAAGACUGCCGCUCCGGAGCCUGGCGGCAUGGCAGGUUGCACAUUCGCGUUGCCAAGAUAGACUCGUAUGCACGUAUCUUCUUCCCAACUGCUUUUGCGCUCUUCAAUCUGGUCUACUGGGUCUCCUAUCUCUAUCUUUAGGCGCGGGUAUGUAUACAGUUUUACCCUACUGUUCAUUCCAUUCCUGCAUAUGCUUUGCGCCAUGCAGCAAAUGACAUUUUGAAGAAAGUGACCCACCGAGAAAUCCCCAACUUUACUUUUAAAUAUUUUUAUUAUUUUUUCCCUUUAAAAUUUACUUUUUUUAAACCUGACAAACAUUGCAAAUGUUGUAGCAUUGCAUUCAACAGGUGUGAGAAAGUUUAUUGUAUUUAAAAGCAGUGGUUGUGUGAGAGAUAAAUAUGGUUUUAAGUCUUGUUUUAUUUAUUUAUUUAUUUAUUUUUUUAAAUUCAGUUAGUUGAAAUUUUAAACCCUCGCAAAAGCAACGUUUAAAAGAAAAGCUGUUUUUACCACUUCCAAAGGCAAUUCAUUACAAAUACUCACACAGUACAUAUAAAAGGUGACAAAAAAUAAGUMUGGAGUUUUAGAGAAAGAUUCAGAAUAGCAAAUAAUUGAUGUAUCUAAGUCAAGUGAAACAAAAUAACAGAAAAAUACAAACCAAAUAGACAGUUUAAGUAGAACUGCUGAAGGAACACAAAAUGAAAUAAAACAACACAUGUACUCUCAGAUCUAUUCUUCUGAAUCAACAUUUUUUUCUUUAUUUUUACGUGUUGUUUUGUUUUUAACAAAGACAUUAAAAUCUAAAGCACUUUAAUAAAAGCUAUGUUAAACUUUUUUUUUUCAUAAACCGUGUUGUUCCAAUGUUUUCCGUACACUUUAGUACGAUUAUAUAUUGCAUCUUUCAUGUGUGGACAAAAGUACAAUGACACUUUUCAUGGAUAUUGCUUUUUUGUAUAGACACUGUAUAUAUUUUAUGGUGGUUUACGUUUAUUGCAUGCACUUUUAAGGCCAAAAAUCAACAUAUUUUAUGGUCUUCUACUGUUGGCUAUGGAAACAAAAAAAUGAUAAAAUAAACAAAUAAACCAAUAAGAAAUGUUGAUUAUCAUUUAAUUAAACAUUUUUUCAAGAAAUGCAGGAAAAUUAAAUGUUGAAAAUACCCCCACAAUACCCUUUUGUGUUCAGAUAUUGUUCUUUAGCACUUCAUUGGGAGGCUCAGAACAGUAUUUCAGACAAAAAAUAAAAUAAAACAGGAUUAAUUGUUUUCUUUGCAAGCAUUAGCUUACAGCACACACAGCACUGACCCUUCAUGGCCUCCUGUGUUUGCUCUUAAAAGCACACAAUUACAUAAAGAUGCACCACUGCUGUUUGGUUAUAUAAGCUGUUACACAGGAAACUGGACUGAAACAAGGAAGAUGUUUUAGUAUAAAAACAGAWGUUUGUUUGUUUUUUUCUUUUUCCAUUACCAAAACAAUGGCAUUACACCAAAAUCCGUUUUCAUGUCCAAAAUGAAGAGUUCAAACUAAUGUUACUAUCUAUGUGAGUGCAACAAUAUAAAAACGUUAUCCUUUUAAAAAGGAGCAAGCAAAAUGUAACAAUUAAAAUAAAACUGUAGGUUUUAAAGUGAAAAAAAAUGCUUACACGUCUAUUUUUGUUGUAAGGGCAGGAGUGUGAGCUGCUUUAUUGAGUAUUUCACAUUUAUCACUGAGAAGAAUUGAGAAUGUGUGUCGCUACAAAGAAUGGCAGGACAAUUUAUUUGCAAGGCUCUAUUGUUUUGUCUGCGUAUUUGAUUAAGACUUGCUUGAAUGUGUGAGGAAAGCAACUACACCUGUAAGUGUUUGAUAUGACAACACGGAGCCCCUCAGUCAGUUUUGACAGUCACCAGUAUGCAACUAAUAGUGCUGCAGUAUGAUGUGUAAACCCAUAAGGACUGGGUGUAUAUAACAUUGUUAAUGUAUAUAAAUUAUAAAUGGAAACAAAACAAAACUUGUCAAGCACUUGACAUUUUCUAAAAGGGUAUAUAUUUUGUAAUUUUAGCAUUGUUAUAGUAUAUCUAUAUACAUUAUAAUAAACUGAUAGUAUUAUAAUGGACUGACCAUCAACAUUGGAAGGGUACAAGGGAUUAUUUAUGUAUUUAUUUAUUUAUGUAUUUGUUUGUUGAUUGUAUAUUUUUUAAAUGAUCUAAAUAAAAAAAGUGUUUAUGCUCAUACAGCCCCUGAAAAGAAACACAGAAAAAUGGUAUUUAUAUCAAAAAUACACUCUUUGUUCAAUGUGACAAUGGAACCUAUUUAUCUUGUGUUUUCUAUGUUGUGAUUAAUGUGCACUACUCUCACAAAGCCUGUCAAACUUAUAUUUGUUGAGUGACUUGCAACAUUAUACGUUGUGCUGCUUCUGAGUGGUAGAUUUUAUUUAGUCAAAUCAUGAUAAGAAAAAAAAUCUAAAAGUAUUGUUUAGCCACUAAAGAAAACAUUUGUUUAAUAUCAGUUCUCACCUCCCUACCCAACAAAGGUUUGCUUUAGUUCAUCUAUAAUAAAUUU